AAUCCAUUAAUCUCUCCGUAGACGUCCUCUCUCCCUCUUAUUUCUCGGGUCUCAACUCUCUAGAAUCGAGAACCGCUUCGUAGAAUCGAGAACCGCUUCGUUUCUUCUUCUUUCUCCGACGAAAUUCUAGUCUCCAUCUUCGUUCCUUUCGUAAGUGAGUAGUUUCCUCUGAGUAUUGCAUUGUUGAGAUGUAAUAAUUGAUGUUUGCUAUGCGGUUUGCAUUUGGAGUAAUUGACGGUGACUUGUGUUCUUAACAGCGUUUCUAACUUCUUGUACAGGAAAUGAAGGGCCGAAAAAGAAAGAAUCCAUCUACUACGUGCGUUGGAGUCUCCAGUAGAACUAGAGCUAGAAAGGCGGUCUCAGCUGGGAAUGAGCCGGCAAGAGAAACGACUGUAGUUUCUCUCUCUGUUGAUUCAGAAAGUGAUGACAUGUCUGAUGUAUCAUCUAAGGCAAGGCAACCACCACAGCCCCUUGAAUUAUACUUCAAGAGCACAGAGUUCACGAAGACUUGCAAGAUUCAAACCAAGUGCUUUGUGAAGAAUACAGUGGACGUGAUUAAGAAGCUUAAGGAGGAGGUUAAAUGGUUCACAACCCAUCCUCAAUUUCGUCACUUCUUCCACAUGCCUGAUGAACAAUACCUGAAGCUCCAAGGAAUGUGGAUGUUACUCUUGCGCACCAUUUCGACUGAAGAAGAAGAUGUUGCAUGGUUUAGUCUGAAUGGUGUUCCCAUCCUGAUGUUAUGUUUCUGCCUAAAAUGCUUCUCUUGA